GAGUUAAUAUGUCUAUGUUAACAACCACCAGAAGAGGGCGGUAGUGCAGCAGUAAGGAAUCCAGUUGCCGUUGACCCUCGAUAAAGCACAAGAAGAAGCAGGAGCAGUGGUUGGCCAUUGUGUCUCUCCGUACCUCUCACUGACAAUAAGGAGGAGAAGACGGUGUCCUGGCUAACAAAGUGAGGAAUAUGCGCUCACUUGUAGGAUUAUUUGCUGUGGUUGCUGCAGCAAGCCUGUACCUGUACUCACUGUCCCUGUACCUUCCUGCGGGACCACGACGGCGUCUUCCGUCAGCCGCCGACAGGAGACAUGUGGAGACAGCGGAGUCCGAGCAACCCACUGACAGCUCCGAGGAACCCAGCAGGUUGAAGUUCCCUUCGGACUUGGAGGAGCUGAGGGAACUGGCUGAACUCCUGCAGUUUUACAAGACGGAGCACACUGAAUACGUCCUGCUGCUCUUCUGCAGUGCAUAUCUCUACAAGCAGUCCUUUGCCAUUCCUGGAUCCUCGUUCCUGAACAUACUAGCAGGAGCUAUAUUUGGACCAUUUCAAGGGCUGCUGCUCGCCUGUGUACUCACCACAGUCGGCUCCACCACAUGCUACCUCCUGUCCCAGGCUUUCGGAAAACGCUAUAUUGUUAACCUCUUCCCUGAUAAAGUCUCCAUGCUACAGAGGAAGGUCGAGGAGAACCAGGACUGUUUGUUCUUCUUUCUGCUCUUCCUGAGGUUCUUUCCCAUGACUCCCAACUGGUUUCUGAACAUGUCUGCCCCGAUUGUCAACAUCCCCAUCACCUUCUUCUUCUGCUCGGUCUUCAUUGGUCUCCUGCCGUACAACUUCAUAUGUGUCCAGACAGGCGUCAUGCUGUCCGAGGUGUCGUCACUGGAUGACUUGUUCUCCUGGGAGCGGCUGCUGCAGCUGCUGGCCAUUGCCUGCAUGGCACUGCUGCCUGGCGCCCUCAUCCGCCGCUUCAGUCAGAGGCGUCUCAAACUGGAUGUCCGUUCGCAGAACGGGCUCGUUGCAGAUAAGAAAGUCAAGUGAUCUGUUCUGGAAUCGAGUUUGUUUGUUUCCUUGCACUUUGAUGACCUCUGCCGUGAAUGUAAUUAGUGGUGACUCUUCAGAAAAACCUUAUGCACAUACAUGUGUAAAGGUUUCUUUUAUCUGGGAGUGCUUUACUUUUCUGGAGCCACAUGGAGAUGGAGAGGUUUUAGAAAAAUAAGAGUGGCACAGUGGGAUUUGAGGCCAAGUAUUUUGUUUGACCAAAUGUUGGUGUUUCUGUGCCAUGGCGCCUGUUGGCAUGCACAGUAUAUGUAUAUUAUUUGGCUUCGAUUAUGAAAAGAAGAUUAUUGAGAUAAACCAAUUAUUGUGCUGCAUUCCGUUUCACAAUGAUGCUCUUGUUUUGUCUUGUAAAUCCAGCGCAUCCCUUUCCUUUACAGCGGUGGCUCUCGCCUAUGUCUAAAAGCCCAAACUCUCUCUCAGCCAGGCUGUGACAUAUUAAGUUCAGCUCAAGCCAAGAUGACAGGGGUAAAGACUGCUAUAACUGGCACCAUUAUUAGCUUAAGCCUUUGGCAUUUUACACUACAUAAAUAAGCCCAGUGGCUAGUGGACCUUUCCAUAGCUUAUAAAUUACAUGUAUUUUUACUUUUGUUACUAAUCGUUGAUUUAAGUCACUGUAUUUCAUGAGAGAACACCACGGUUGAAUUUCAGCAUUAUGUAAUAUUACGUAAGUUGUCGUCCACUCCAGUAGUUCACCUGUCACCUGCUCAGCCCCCCCAGGCAGCCCAUCUGCAGUCAACCUAUCGAAACACUGCCUUUCUGUCAUUCUGUCACCUCUAAGAGGCUGUUUAAAUUUAAUAAUGUUGGAUGACUAUUUCUUAUAACUUGGGCUAUUUGAGAUUUUUGGUGUUCUGCAUAAUAACUUUUUUUUAAUGGAGCAUUAAAUAAUUAUGAUUAUGAUUUUCGUUGUAAUGGAGCAGCCCUAAUGUAUAUAGAUAUAUGAAUGUACAGUAAUUAUAUGGAAAGAGGGAGGGGUUUUAGGGAAACUUUCGUGUUAUACAGUAAGAGUACUGCUUCAAUGUUAACAGCUAGUGUUUCAAGUGCCUGUCAUCCCUGGUUCAAACUUCUACCUCCAAAAAUGACAGCCUACCAGUGUUCAUAGUGGCUGGAUGGUUCCAAUGAUUGUUUUUUGGGUUUGUUUGGAUUAUUAUAUUUGUAAUGUAAAAACUGAUCAUGUUUGCAGUGUAUGUUAAACAACUUGGAAGUUGUAUUUUUCUUGUGUGACAAUCACAUUUUGCAAUUUUAGUAUAAAUUCUAAGAGUGUAUAGGACAGUUUUUACUAUUUUUCAACUCUGCUUGAACUUAAAAGAUUUUUAAAAUUGUAGAGACCAGAAUAAUUGAAUUGAAUAACAAAAUGUACAGCCCUGUUUUACCAUGUCAUAUCUAAUCAGCUGGAUUCAUAUCUGAAAGUGAAUGUGCAGUUUAUUCAGGCAGUGUGAGGCCUCUGUUAAACCAAGCCUUAAUAUUGCAUUGCAAUCCUUCUCUUUGCUGCCUCUUUUCACGGUCCAUGUGUCUUUUGUACAUUACCUGUCCAGCAGCUUCUGCGUUGCACAAAGUGUUUUAAAACUCUUUCUUAAUUUUGCUGAUGUAAAAUGUUAUGUCAGCUUUCUGUUUCUUCAAAGAUGUGAAUUCUUUUAAGUGUAAUCUAAUGCAGACUUUGGCUGGUACAUUUGUCAGAUUAUAAAUGAUGUGCCACCUUUUUAUUCCAGAGACGACAAAAAAAACUUUGAAAUAAUAAAUCAACAGUAAACAUGG